CAAAAUUACUGUACUCAGUUCAGACCCGUGCUAAACCAGAACACGACCGAUGCCCGCCCCCAUCAAUACACUGCCCGAGCACGAGUAAAAGGGACGUCUUCUUCACUAUACCGAUAUUGCAGACUGUUUUUCUUCCCGCCAUGGUCGCCAUGGAAGUGGACUCUCAGAGGAACACGGUACUCCAGAGGAAGCAGGCCCUCUACAAAUCUUUGGAUGAAACCUUUGAGAUUCAGAAGUUAACGUACAGGGGUCAACAGUACAGCCAGAUUUAUUUUGCUAGACUUCACUUGAUGAGAACUCUCCUUUACUCUCUUCUCCCUAACUGGAAACCGCAUUUGCCUGUCUGUAAUGUUCUGGGAUUAGAGGAAGGGAAAGAGUGCAUUAUGGUUGGGACCCUCUACAAGCACAUGAAGCUUAAACCUUGCGUUCUUGAUGAGUACUCUAAGGGGAGAAAUUCUGCACAGAUUAUACAGAGUCAAACUUUCAUGCAUCCGGAUGAUUCUUUAAUUUUGGAAGAUGAAAGUGGACGAGUCAAACUAAGUGGUAGCUUGUUAGUGCCUUCGACAUAUGUAACAGGACUUGUUGUGGCUAUACAUGGAAAGGAAACUACUGCUGGUGAUUUUCUUGUUGAAGAUGUUUUAGAGGCUGGCCUAGCAGAACAAGUGGAACGGCCAUUUCAGUUAGAUGAAGACAAGUAUGUGGUAUUCGUCUCUGGUUUAAGAGUUGGAAGCAGCACCUCCAAUCCUUUACAGUUUCAGCUGUUCAUCGAUCAUAUAACUGGACAUUUAGGGGAUGAGAAGGACCAAAACAUUGCAUCUAAAAUUGUUCAAGUGGUCAUUGCUGGAAACUCUGUCGAAAUUCCAAGUGGACUCCUAAAUGGUCAGAACAUCGGCUCAAAAGACCAGUCAAAAUUAUCAGAGCCAAUCAAAGAAUUGGAUAUCAUGCUGACUCAGAUUGCAUCAGGCAUACCUUUGGAUGUCAUGCCUGGGCCUAGUGAUCCUGCAAAUUUCUCCUUGCCACAACAGCGCCUACACAGAUGCCUUUUCCCAGGGUCAUCAACAUAUAAUACUUUCAGAUCUUGUACUAAUCCCCACUGCUUUGAGCUUGACAAAAUUAGGUUUCUGGGCACUUCAGGUCAGAACAUAGAUGACCUUAACAAGUAUUCAGAAGCAAAAGAUAAACUUGAAUUCAUGGAGCGCACAUUGAAAUGGAGGCAUUUGGCACCCACUGCACCAAAUACCCUUGGUUGCUAUCCAUAUGAUGAUAGGGAUCCUUUCUUCAUUGAAUCCUGUCCCCAUGUUUAUUUCGUGGGCAAUCAAGAUGAGUAUGAUACUCGCUUGAUCAAAGGCUCAGAAGGGCAGGUGGUGAGACUCAUAUGCAUCCCUAGAUUUGCUGAGACGGGAGUUGCUGUGGUGUUAAACAUGAGAAAUCUUGAAUGCUACACUCUUAGCAUUGGUGCUCAAAUCACCAUUUAACCAGCUGGGUGUACAAAACAAUUUGAGACCGUGAAGGCCUGAAGCAUGCAAUCACCCUGCAGUUUCUGUAUGCAGCACUUCCUCUUGUCGCAUAAAGGAAUCAUUGAGUACAGUUUCUCUUUUGUAUCAUCAGUCAUUUUGGAUAUGGUGCAAUGUAUUCAUUAGUUGUACAACAUGGAUCUCCAAGUCAUGUCUGAUCUCUCCUUGAAUGGUUGGUCUUUAACUUUGCUUGCAAAAACAGGCAACUGAUUGCAUGCAUUCAAAGGAGAAGAGUCUGUAGUGUGUACAAUAAUGUUUUAGUAGCAUAGGAGACACUAUACAUAUUCAUAUAUUCAAAAUUAUGGGCACUUUCGUACCUAUAAUAAUGUAUAGGGAAAUUAUCACUGACCUCCCUUGAGGUUUCAUACAUUAUCAUUUAGGCCCCCUGCACUAUUAAAAAUAUAACCUCACCCCCCUCCCUAUCCUUUAAUGAGAUUUUAAUAACUCCUAAUCAUGUUUAGCAAAAUUAUAGAUUGAAUCAUAUAAAUUUACUCAGUUGCAAAUUUGAUACGGUAACAUAUAAAUUUAUCCGCAUUACAAAUUUUUUCACCAGGAAGUACACUUUGUGAUGAAAAAUUUGAUAGCGUCUUUUCUAGUACUCCGUAUGUUUUUUUUGCCAGAAUAUGUUCUUUCCGAUGAAACAGUCCUUAAUAUAGACAUAUUUAUUAGUUAUAGAACUACAUCUAUAUGAAAGUAAGUUUAUCGGACUAGCAGCGGACACAAUAAAAAAAUACGUGCAUAAAACAAUAAAUCUCUAUUUUAAGAGUUCAAAAAUAUUCAUGCGAUUGAGGAAAAAUAUUGGUGGAAUAUACAUCUCAUGUUAGAGAUUUUUUUCUCACGUGAAAAAAGAUUAUUAGCUUUAGCAGUUUUCUUAAAAUUAAAGUAUCCACUAAUAUAUUUUAGAUAUAAUAAAAAAAUUUAAAGUUUGAAUGAACUAACGUUGUUUAGCAUUACAGUUUAGCUAAACUUUUGAAAUAUUAUUUAGACCUAAAAGAGAUGUUGGUGAAUGAUCUUUCGGACAUGGUCGAAAUCAUUCAAGUAAGUAUUUAAUUUCCUAUAAAAAUCAUUCACCAACAUUUGUUUCAUGUAUAAAAUAAUAUCCCAAAAGUUUUGCUAAAUUGUAAUUAUAAAUAACGUUCAUUCAAAUUUAAAAAAAUUUUAAUACAGGAUUAUAUAUGCGGAUAAAUUUUUAAAUUUUUCUAGAAAGACUGCAUAAGCUAAUUUUUUCUCCACAAAGUGUACUUUGUUGUGGAAAGAUUCUUAAUCCAGAUAAAUUUAUUUGUUACCAGAUCAGAUAUGCAAGUGAGUAAAUUUACAGGAUUAAAUCUAUAAUGUUGCUAAACAUGAUUAUGAGUUAUUUAAACUAUCAUUAAAGGAUAAGAAGGGGGUAAGAGUAUAUUUUUAUUAGUACAAGGGUCUAGAUGAUAAUAUGUGAAACCUCAAGGGAGGUAGGUGAUAAUUUCCCUAAUGUAUACUACGUAUUAAAUUAAAAUUCCAACAACGCACACUAUGAAGAAUUACAAAUAAGUUC